CUGCAGCAGAGCUGCCAGGAGCAGAAAGAAAGGCUUCCAAGUACUAGCACUACUUAGGGAAACGGGGGCAGAUGGAUCUGGGAUGUGACGGGCACCAGGAGGCUGCCUCCCCAAAGGACAUUUAGGAUCAAAGCCAUUUUCUUUCCUUGGUCUAUUUUGCGUGGUUCGGCGCCUAAAGCACAUCUGAGAACAGGUAGCGGACAAGAUUUACCUGCGAGGACCAGAAACAUGCACUGUGCCAUCCAGAAGGCAGAGGUGCUGGACGGGGCUCACCUGAUGCAAGUCCUCUGGGACGAUGGCGGGGAGUCUCUCUACCCCGCCGUGUGGCUGAGAGACAACUGCCAGUGCCCGGACUGCUACCUGGACUCUGCGAAAGCGCGCAAGCUUCUCGUGGAAGCUCUGGAUGUGAAUAUUGGUAUCAAAGCCUUGAAGUUUGACAGAAAAAAGGUGCAUAUCACGUGGCCAAAUGAGCAUUACAGUGAAUUUGAAGCUGAUUGGCUGAAGAAAAGAUGCUUUUCCCGGCAAGCCAGAGAAAAUCUCCAAAGAGAAUUGUUUUUGCCAGAAUGUCAGCACUGGGGCUCGGAGCUCCAGCUCCCGACGCUGGAUUUUGAAGACGUUUUAAGAAAUGAUGAGCAUGCAUACAACUGGCUCUCGAGCCUCAAGAAAGUAGGCAUAGUGCGACUCACGGGAGCAGCUGACAAGCGAGGAGAAAUUCUAAAACUUGGGAAAAGAAUUGGUUUCCUUUAUCUCACAUUUUAUGGACAUACUUGGCAAGUGCAAGACAAAAUUGACGCAAACAAUGUGGCCUACACAACGGGGAAGCUAAGCUUUCACACUGAUUAUCCAGCCCUCCAUCAUCCACCUGGGGUUCAGCUUCUGCACUGCAUAAAACAGACAGCCACGGGGGGGGAAUCAGAAAUCGUAGAUGGAUUCAACGUGUGCCGGAAGCUCAAGGAACAGAAUCCCCGUGCGUUCCAGAUUUUGUCCUCCACCUUUGUAGACUUUACUGACAUUGGAGUGGAUUACUGCGAUUUCUCUGUACAGUCCAAACACAAAAUUAUAGAAUUAGAUGAUAAAGGUCAAGUGGUUCGCAUCAACUUCAAUAAUGCAACUAGAGACACGCUAUUCGACGUACCUGUUGAAAGAGUUCAGCCUUUCUAUGCUGCUCUGAAGGAGUUUGUUGACCUCAUGAACUGUAAGGAAUUCAAGUUUACUUUCAAGAUGAAUCCAGGUGAUGUUAUUACUUUUGAUAACUGGCGCUUACUUCACGGCCGAAGGAGCUACGAAGCUGGAACUGAGAUAUCCCGCCACCUAGAAGGAGCUUAUGCCGACUGGGAUGUGGUAAUGUCAAGGCUUCGCAUCUUAAGGCAGAGCGUCCAGAACAGAAACUGAAUCCCCGUCUGUAAUUUCAGUAAGACUCCAGCAGGUGUAUUCCAUAAGAUAUGGCAAUGUUAUUUGUCUUCACAGACCAUGAUCUGUUCAUUCACAUAUUAAUUUCUUUACCAUUGAACAUGUCACCUUUCUCACGAGAGUUUUCUUUUCUUCAUAAUCAUAUGCAAUGCCAACUGGUCAGAUGCUGUAGCGUGCUCUCUCCUUUCUCGAUGAAACAUCCCUUCUGUUCUGUUGCACGUCUGGUCUGAUUUUUUUUUGCCCGUUUAAGAGUCUUCAGAAUGCCUGAGAAUAGUUGUGUAUCAAUAAAAUCAUUCUUCAAGUACAGCCUUUUUUAAAAUAAAGCUUUUGUUUCAAAUAAAGCUUGUAUUUCAAAUGAAA